AUGAAGUUCACCAUCCUCGCACUCUCCACGCUCGCCCUCAGCGUUCUCGCCGCACCAAUCGACCGGCGCCAAUGUUCCAUCAGCAAGGACGGCGUGCAAACCUGCAACUCUUCACCCAAUUGCUUCCCCGACCAAGACGGCAACCAAGUCUGCACAUCCAAACGAGAGCCUGCGCCUGAGCCUGCGCCUGAGCCCGAGCUGGAGAAGAGACAAUGCUAUAUCGACGAGGAGGGCGAGCAACACUGCAGUUCCGAACCGACCUGCUAUCGAGACGCAAACGGUCAGGAAGUCUGCGUCUUGUAA